ACGAGAAAUGCAAGCAGAAUGGCAAUAACAACAAAGCGGUAGGAAUUAGCAAUAUGUACAUACUUAUUCACAUUAUCUCUUCUUGUCCGUGAACGAUUCGACCACUUUCUACCUGAUGUGGGCGAUAUUUCGAAUCAGAAUAAAAUAAAAUAUUUAAUUUAGCAGCAGAUUGUUGGGGUAGUUUUGUGAUGAUCUUCUCUAGUGGUAUGACAGUCGCAAUCAAUCGUCGAUAUGAUUGAGUACACCGAGCGUUUCUUUCGCGGUCUCGACCUCUGGUCGCUGGGUGUGGACGAGGCAUUUAUCAAUGGAACAGUGCGAGGGUUGAAAAACUAUUUCUUGUAUUCACUAUCGGACGAGUGCGAUAAGUGUCCUUACUCGAAGCUACACGAGCUUAAGCCUAGCAAUGGCAGCGACGACAACGUGUUUAAGCUGGAUAUAUCCAGAAGACUGCAUUUUAAAGUGUUCGAUCGCAAUCACGGCAAAUAUGCAUUUGAUAAUGAGUCAUCGGUGUGUGAAUUCGAUGAAAACCUUGGAGAAUUCGGUGUGUAUGAUUUAACACUGUACGAAGGUAACACUUUUUCCUGCGCUCUAGAAACUGCCAAAGAACCAGUAAAUAUUUACUUCCCAUUCAUAACGAUCGCAUUGAUAGUCGUGGCCUUGUGGAUCCUGUACAAAGUGUUUGAGUAUGGAUUCAAAUUAUUGCGACGCUCUCAACAUAUCGAGCCCGAACUUACGCCUGCUAGCAACGAAUCUCUGAAGACCGUUCCGCGCAAUGCUCGUUUGAGCAGCUUGGACACAUUCCGUGGCAUCGCAAUCUCCAUCAUGAUCUUCGUCAACAGUGGCGGUGGCCAUUACUGGUGGAUUGAGCAUGCCACCUGGAAUGGGUUGCACGUGGCCGAUUUGGUAUUUCCCUGGUUCCUGUUUAUCAUGGGAGUUUGCAUACCGAUCUCGCUCCGGUCCCAGCUGAGCAGAAACACGAGCAGGACUGAGAUAUUGAAAACGGUUGCAAUUCGAUCUUUAAAAUUGUUCCUGAUAGGGCUGUGCCUAAAUUCGUCCCGUGGGCCCAACAUGGCUGACCUACGGUGGUUUGGGGUGCUGCAACGAUUUGGGAUAGCGUAUUUUGUUGUUUCCGUGAUACAUUUGUACUGCUAUCGAGACAACGUGCAGUACGAAAGACCGCUCGCUAAACAUUUCUCGGAUGUUCUGCGUUUAUGGACACAUUGGUUGAUCGUGCUGACCAUUGUGUUUGUCUAUUUGCUCAUCAUGUUCCUCGUUCCUGCUCCCGGUUGUCCGAGAGGAUACUUCGGGCCAGGUGGCAAACAUAUGUUCUUUCAGCAUCCCAACUGCACUGGUGGUAUCACUGGGUAUCUUGAUCGUGCAAUACUUGGUCCGCGUCAUCUGUACCAACACCCAACGGCACGUUAUGUUUACGAUGCCCUACCGUUUGAUCCCGAGGGUCCUUUCGGAUGUUUGCCUACGAUAUUUCAAGUUUUUCUAGGGUUGCAGUGCGGAAUUAUGCUACAAACUUUCACAGAACCAGUCGCUAGAAUCAAAAGAUUGUCCGCUUGGGGAACUUUAUGUGGAUUACUGGGGGGCAUAUUGUGUGGGUUCAGUAAAAACGACGGCUGGAUUCCCGUUAAUAAGAACCUUUGGUCUGUGUCCUACGUUCUGGUGACGGCUUCACUUGCCUUUUUCUUGCUGCUGAUUUGCUACGUAUUGGUGGACCUGAAACGAUAUUGGAGCGGAAAACCUUUUCUAUUCGCAGGGAUGAACUCAAUUGUGCUGUACAUCGGACACAGCGUUUUCCACAGUAUGCUUCCGUGGCAUUGGAAAGUUGGAACUAUGAACACGCAUUUCAUGCUGACACUUGAGGCACUCUGGAAUACGGUGCUAUGGAUUGGAAUUGCAUACGUUAUGUACAUGAAGAAGGUGUUCUACAGCAUUUGAAAAAUAAUGGAAGAAUAAAAUGAUUUUUGUUCAAUCAA